GCAAACAAGCAAGCAGCAGAGCAGAUCAAGUAAAGGUAGCAAUUUGAGUAGUGUGCAAGCUAAGAUGGGGCACCAAGAACAAGAACAGGAAGUGAUCCCGCUGAUGACCCCGUACAAGAUGGGGCAGCUGGAGCUCUCCCACCGCGUGGUGCUGGCGCCGAUGACGCGGUGCCGCGCCAUCGGGGACGUGCCGCAGCCGCACGCCGCCGUGUACUACUCGCAGCGCGCCAGCAGGGGCGGCGUGCUCAUCACCGAGGGCACGGGGGUGUCCGCCACCGCGCAGGGCUUCCCGGGGUCCCCCGGCAUCUGGACGCAGGAGCAGGUGGCGGCGUGGAAGCCCAUCGUCGACGCCGUCCACCGCAAGGGUGCGCUCUUCUUCUGCCAGAUCGCACACGUCGGAAGGGCAUCCACCAACGAUUUCCAGCCGGACGGCCAGGCGCCGGUCUCGAGCACGGACGCGCAGCUCCCACCCGACGCCGAGUCCGGCACGGUGUUCUCCAGGCCACGCCGGCUGCGCGCCGACGAGGUCCCGGGGAUCGUCGACGACUUCAGGCGCGCCGCGCGCAACGCGAUCGAGGCCGGGUUCGACGGCGUGGAGAUCCACGGAGCGCACGGGUUCCUCCUGGAGCAGUUCAUGAAGGACGGCGCCAACGACCGCGCCGACGAGUACGGCGGCAGCGUCGAGAACCGGUGCCGCUUCGUGGUCGAGGUCGUGGACGCUCUCGUCCGUGAAAUCGGCGCGAGCCGGGUUGGCAUCAGGCUCUCCCCGUUCGCGGACUACUUGAACUGUGCGGAUUCCAACCCCUUGGCGCUAGGUCACUACAUGGUGGAACAGCUCAACAGGCACGAGGGGUUUCUGUACUGCCACAUGGUGGAGCCGCGAAUGGCCAUCGUCGACGACCGUAGGCAGAUUCCGCAUGGACUCCUGCCGUUCAAGGCGGCCUUCAAUGGCACCUUCAUCGCCGCGGGCGGGUACGACAGGGAAAAAGGGAACAAGGUGGUCGCCGAAGGCUACGCGGACCUCGUCGCAUACGGAAGGCUGUUCUUGGCCAACCCAGACCUGCCUAAAAGGUUCGAGGUAGACGAGAUCCUGAACAAGUAUGAUCGUUCCACCUUUUAUACACAAGACCCUGUUGUUGGCUAUACAGACUACCCUUUCCUUAGGGACGACAGCGAAGACUUAGCUGCUCAAGUUUAAUUGUGUGGAUGAUCGAUUUAAUCACGGUUACUGCACGAUCGAGAUCGAUACUACAUCCAUUUGAAUAUAUAUAUCUAAGAUGCAUUGUUUUUGUUUUAAGUUAGUUUUUUUAUAUUUGACCAAAUUUAUGUAAAAGAUAUAUGUGCUAAACUAGUUGAGUAUACCGGUGUGUUGCAACGACAAACGCUAGUCUGUGAUCAAAUGAUUUUAUUAAA